AUUUAUUAUUCAUUAUUUAAUAAUUAAUUGUAUUAUUGUAUUAGUCAUUAGUAAUUUGUAAAAAUUAAAAGAAAUAUUUUUAGGUAUCAAACAUUUAGUUUGUAUUGUUUUUUAUUAUUCUAUUUAUAUUUAACAAAAUAGCAAAAUAUGUUUAAAUUGGCAAAUGGGAAAUAUUUUCUGAAUGUUUGCAGUAGGAAAUGUACAACGAGAAUUUUAAGAAAUAUGAUUUCUUUAAGAAGUAGUACAACUACAAAAUCUAUUGAGCUGAAAUCAUUUAGUAGAAGAAAGAAAGAUAGUACCGAUAUUGGCUGGAUUUUAUUAGUGGUUCCAAUAUCCGCAUUGGGAUUGGGUACUUGGCAAGUUGGUAGAAAAAAAUGGAAAGAAGAACUUAUGAACGAGCUUAAAACUAAAACAACUUUGCCAGCUAUUGAUUUCCCAGAAAAUCUAGAAGAUAUUAAAAAUCUUGAGUACCAAAGAGUAAAAGUGAGAGGUGAGUUCAACCAUUCGAAAGAACUAUACUUAGGACCAAGAUCUUGUCUGUCGGACGGUGGUUCUAACAGUGGAAAUGGCCUAUUUUCUGGAUCUGGUUACACGCAAAGUGGUUAUUACAUUGUUACACCAUUUAAGCUCUCUGAUAAACCUUUAACAAUUUUAGUGAAUCGUGGUUGGGUGUCAAUGCAGAAUAAAAGUCCUGCAUCACGUAAAUCUGGUCAGAUUUCAGGGGAAGUUGAAUUAGAAGGUGUUGUUCGUUUAAAUGAACCUAGGCCGCAGUUUGUGGCCAAAAAUAUUUCUGAUUCUCGAUUUUUUUCCUACAGAGAUUUGGAUGCUAUGUCACAACUUGUUGACUCUAAACCUAUUCUAAUUGAUGCAGUUGUCGAAAGUAGUGUUCCUGGUGGACCAAUUGGCGGUCAAACUAAUAUUUCAUUAAGAAACGAACAUCUUUCGUAUAUUAUUACAUGGUAUGGUUUAGCAGCAGCUACAGGGUAUAUGUGGUAUUCAAAAUAUUCUCAAGCAAUAAAGUCAGUUAUUAAAUAAAAUUAUCGUAGUUCUGUUUUUUCUAUAUUUAAUGUUUUAUUAAAUAAACACUAUGUUUGAAUUUGAAA